AUGCAAUAACAGAGAGUUAUAUUUGGUAAUAAGCAGACUCUUUAUAUCACUUCAUAACCUUACUUUUAAGGCACUAAAUAUAAAUUAUUUUUGACCUCAGAAUGCAAUUAUGUAGUCAAAGUAUAUGAUGUUGGACAAGAAAAGUAUUUGAACACAGAGUUAUAAGCUGUCCAUCUCUUUAAGGAUAAUGGGUGUAGCAACAUAGCAAGAUCUUAUGAAGGAGAAUUAUCACCAAAUAAAAAAGUAAUAGUUUUUGAAAAAGCUGAAGUCCUCCAAAAUAUUUUGAGGGAUUCCUAAUAAGGUUUAGCGGAACCUCAAGUCCUAAAAAUCUUAUUAGAUUUAAGCAAAGCAUUGUAGAACUGUCAUUCAUUAGGCAUAACACAUCGAGAUAUUAGACCAGAAAAUAUUUUAAUUGGAGCUGAUAAGCAAGCCAAAUUAUGGAAUUUCUAACGUUGUUUUUUCUAACAAUAUGAUCAAAUACCUAAUGAAUAUUUUGGAAGAAUCAAAGAAGAAAUUGAGAUGAAUACUUUUGAACAUGUAAGAGCUCCAGAAUAAAAAGAUUUCUCUCAAAGAUUCCCAAUCACCACUAAAGUGGAUAUUUAUGCUCUAGGCUAAUUGAUGUAUUAUAUGAUAUUUAAGGUCCGUUAUGAUUAAAAUCCUAAUUGGGAAGGAAAUGCCUAAUGGGGAGUUUAUAGUUCCAAAUUAUAAAGUCUAAUCAAAUAAAUGCUUAUUAUUAAUCCAAAGGACAGAAUAUCAGCUGAUUAAAUAGAAAAAUACAUAAAUUCAAUUCUUAUUUAAUACAAUGGAUUGCCAUAAUAAAUCCAUUUAAGAAGUUAAUCAACAAAUGAGGUAUUCAAUAGAGAUACAAUUAAUUAAAAUACAGAAAUAGAAAAGUGUCAUUCAUUUGAAUUUAAGGAUUUAUAAUAACCAUAAUCUUCAUUAUCAACCAGAUUAGUAAAAUUAGUUAGUAAGGUGGCUUAAAAGACAGAUUUUUGGGUUGCUGCAUGCUUAGAAGAGGUUGAUGCAGCUCCUUGUUAAAAAUAUUUCAGAUUUCUUCAUUGCAAAGCAUGGUAAAAGAAGCAAAAAAUUCCUAAAUUUUAUGAGAAGGUGUCAAAUCGACUCUAAUUAAACUCUGUAAUAAUAACAUUUAAAGCUUUGUAAUUAAUACAUAACUAUGUGAAAAAAGGUCCUUAAGAAGCAAUUGCAGUUUAAAAUUAAGCAUAUUCCCCUAAUGCUAUUUUAGAGAGAAUUAAGAAUUUUUAAGAAUAAAAUUAAAUGAAAAGCUCUAAAGAUAAAUUUAGGACAUAGUUUUUUACAAAUUUAUUGUAUAUGUAUUCAAUUGUGUUAUUGGAAAAAGUGAAAUUUCAUUCAUUCUAUCUAAAAUUUUUUGAAGGGAAUUAUGCUAUGAUCCCAUUUUUCAAUAGUAUGAAUGGUAUUUAGAAGUAAAAAGUAAGUAUAGCAAUAUUAAACAAUAUGAUGUCUUUAUGGAAACAAUUAUUGAAUUUCACAUCCAAUAUCUAAUUUCAGGAAUAGAAUUUAAUUAAUUUAUAAUUGGGUCUGGCUAUAACAAUGGCUGAUGAGUUAUAUAAUAUUCUCUGUACAUUUACUCACAUUUUUUAUGCUUUAAAGUAAAGUACUAAUUAUAUAAGUGGAUAGCCCACUAAUAACAGUGAAGUUAAAUAAGCCUUUAUUACAUUGCAAGAGGAUUAUUAGAAUAACUUUUAAUAGACUAUUAAUUUCUUUGCUGUCUGCAAAAGAAUACCAUAAUUUUAAUAGUUAAUACCAGAUCCUUCAAGGAAUAUAGUUGAAACUUUGAAGAAUGUGCCAAUGUUUUAAUCUAAAAGAGGUGACUUUAAUAUUACCGAUUUCUUAAAUUAUUCCAUGUCAAUUGAUGGAAUUAAAUUACCUUAAAGCUAUGGAGAAAUAAUGAUCAAUUAAGUAGUAGAAUACGAUGAAGAAGCUGUUGAAUAGGAACCCAAAUAUUAAAAAUCAAAUUCAUAUCCAAUAAAAGCAGUAGUGUCUUGUUAAGUUUAAUAAGAAAAAGCAAACUAGUUUAAUUUUGAAUUUGAAGUAACACCAAAUAUUAAUAAAAAUAUGAAUUCUCAACAAAAUAUAAUCUAAGAAGAUCAAACAAAUUAAUUUAUUUAGUAAUAAUAAGUCGUUGAGAUUUAAAGAGAAUCUAUAAGUAACAAAAAUUUAGAAUUUAAGAAAAAGUAAACUAAAUAAUAAUAACAAGGAGAAUACAAAGGUUUAGACUUUUCUGACGAUGAUGAUGAUGAUGAAUCUGAGCAAUUACCCUAAAAGCCUACUGAAUUAUAAUAAAAAAAUUUACGAGCCCCUUUAUCUAAUUAAAAUAUUCAAUUAACACAAGAAUUAUUAAAUGAUGAAGGAUUUUUGAAUUGGAAACCAAAUCAAGAUAAUAAAAUUAAAUCAAAUGGACAGAGUUAAAGAAUUCAAUCAGCGAAUUCUUAAUCAAAUAAUAUUUUUGAGUAAUUCGAUCUAAGUUAAAAUUAGAAAUAGAUACUCUUUGAUAAUCCUGUUCUCCCAUAAUCUUCUUCCUUUUAAGUAGUUGAUUAUUUUAACAAACAAGGCAAAAAUGUUUCUGAGUGGAUGAUUAACCAUGAUUAGUUAAAAUUAGAAACACUUAUUGGUACUGGAAGUAGUUGUACGGUUUAUAAAGGCUAUUUGAGAGGAGGAGAAGUGGCUAUUAAAAAGAUGAAAAUUCAAUAAUUAAAUGAAAACCAUUUAAAGGAAUUUAGAAGAGAAAUCUCAGCUCUAGUGACGAUAAAAAGGCAUCAAAAUUUAGUUCAGCUUUUGGGAAUCUCAUAAAAAGAAGAUGAAUUAUAUAUUGUAACAGAAUACUGCGCUGGGGGGACACUUUUUGAUCUAUUGCAUAGAAAAAAGCAUUUAGAAAUUAGUUGGUAAUUAAGAAUUAAAAUGGCAAUUUAAAUAGCUGAUGGGAUGCUUCAUUUGCAUAAAUUGAAUCCUCCUUUAAUACAUAGAGAUCUUAAGAGUCUAAAUUUGUUGCUUGAAUAGUCCUACGAUUAAAAUAGGAUAAAUAUCAAGAUUGCUGAUUUCGGAUUAGCCCGGGUGUAAGCAGAUAAUGGUGAAUAAAUGACUGGUGUCUUAGGAACUUUUCAUUGGAUGGCUCCAGAAGUGUUUUAAAAUGUUCCUUAUACGAUAAAAGCUGAUGUCUAUUCAUAUGCAAUAGUGUUAUGGGAAAUAUGUUGUAGAGAAACUCCAUAUAAACAAUUAUCCACUAAUCCACCUGCUAUCAUGAAAUUAGUUGCAGUAGAUAAUGGGAGACCAGAUCUGAGUUUGAUAUAGGUUGGAUGCCCUAUAUUUAUGAAAGAGUUGAUGAUUAAAUGUUGGGAUAAAGAUCCUACGAAACGCCCAACUUUUUAGGAAGUGUCAUAGUACUUAAGGGGAUUUUAAUGAUUUGUCAAUUUAUUGUAUGUAAGUGAUUUAACGUGUUAAUUC